AUGAAUCGCUUUGGUGAUAUCGAAGUUUCAUUUAAACGGCUUCCGCCUGUUUAUGGUUAUCGCAGUGCAGAACUUGUUUCAAUUGAAAAAGCACUAGAACCUAUCGAGCCUCAAAUUGACGAACUACCUUAUUACAUAAAGAUAGCUAAACGUAAUUGUCAUUUUCCGUCAGAACAUGGACUAUCACGUGAUCAAUCAGCUGCUGUUUAUAUCUAUACAAUGGAAUGGGGUGAUACUACUUUGUAUCGUGUAUUAAAUAAAGCACUACGAUCUGAAAAUCGACAAGCGUUGAAGAUAUGGUUUCCAUAUUUAAAAUUAUUUGAUACGGCAUUGGAUAAGUUACCUACUGUUAAAGAGGCGGUAUGGAGAGGUGUGCCUCUUGAUAUUGGCAAAAACUUCACCAGAAACCAAAUUGUGACGUGGUGGAGUAUUAGUUCAUGUUCGUCAUCAGUCAAAAUUAUUGAAAAUUUUAUUGGCAACGGCAAAAAUGCAACUCUUUUCUUAAUUGAAGCUGUUAAUGGAAAAAAAAUUUCUGGAUAUACAGAACAUGAAUACGAAGAUGAAGUUAUCUUACGAAUGGGCACCGAAUUUCGUGUAAAAGCCAAUACAUUAAAUCAUCCAAAUGGCUCACACGUCGUACAUUUAAUUCAAAUCGAUGCUAACAAUGCUCAACCAUUAGCAUCGGCUAUGAAUGAAAUGCAACUGGCUGCAGCAAAACUACCAAUUAAAACUACUUCUGGUAAGUUAUUUAUACUUUUUCUUAAGAGAAUAACGUUUUGUAUGAUACAAAUAUGUGAAACAAUGGAAAAAUGUCUGAAUACUGAUUAG